AUUUUCUGAGGAGGAGGCUGAGAAGUUAAAAAAGAACUCCUUCCUUUUCUCCAUCAGAUGUUUAAACUGAUUUUAUACUACCCAUUCCUUUAAGGCUAGGAGGGCCCAGAGGUCUCACAGAUGAAUAUUGAUUGAAAGGAGGUUUCAGUAUGAAUUGUUAUACUUGGCUAUCUCUUCUGCUAACACUUGGUCAGCUAUGGCCUUGCCUUCCAAGUAUGCAGAACCAUAACAUCCACAAAAUGAACCAACCUUUUGCAACACUUCAGAGAGUGAAACGUGGCUGGGUAUGGAGCCAGUUUUUUGUGCUGGAAGAACAGAUUUUAACAGAGCCUUUGUCUGUUGGCCAGCUGAAGUCUGAUUCCGACAAACUUGAUGGCACUUUCAAAUACAUUUUGACGGGGGAUGGAGCGGGAAGCAUUUUUACUAUCGAUGAGUAUACAGGUACAAUUCAUGUGACACAGAAGCUUGAUCGAGAAGAGAAACCUUUCUACACUCUAAGAGCACAGGCAAUUAACAGGAAUACCCAGCUGCCUGUUGAACCUGAGUCAGAAUUUAUCAUCAAAGUUCAGGAUAUCAAUGAUCAGGAACCAAAGUUCUUGGAUGGACCUUAUGAAGCCACUGUUCCAGAGAUGUCUCCUGAAGGUACUUCGGUGAUACAGGUUACAGCUACAGAUGGAGAUGAUCCUGCUUAUGGCAAUAGUGCCCGACUGCUUUAUAGUAUUUUGCAAGGACAGCCCUACUUCUCAGUGGAGCCAAAGACAGGGGUCAUUAGAAUUUCUUCCCAAAUGGACAGAGAAACUAAGGAGCAAUACUUUGUCAUUAUCCAAGCCAAAGAUAUGGUUGGGCAAAUGGGUGGAUUUUCAGGAACAGCAACUGUAACCAUCAACCUCUCUGACAUCAAUGACAACAAACCCAUAUUUCAACAAAAGUUCUACUACAUGAAUAUCUCUGAGGCAGCACCACCAGGCUCUACCAUAGGCAAAAUCAUGGCAGAGGACAGUGACAUAGGGGAGAAUGCAGCCAUGAAUUAUGUCAUCGAAGGAGAGGAAUCACUUGUUUUUGACAUCAUUACUAACAAUGAGACCCAAGAAGGAAUUGUUAUAUUAAAAGAGAGAGUGGAUUUUGAGAGCAAAAGGAGAUACAGUGUUAGAGUAAAAGCUAUCAACAGGCAAAUGGACGACCAUUUUAUGAAAGAAGGGCCCUUUGAAGACACAACCAUUAUCAAGAUCAGUGUGGAAGAUGCUGAUGAGCCUCCAGUUUUCACCUCACAGAACUAUGUGAUGGAAAUCGCUGAAGGGGCCACAAAUGGCUCCUUUGUUGGUGUUAUAACUGCCAGAGAUCCAGACAAUGCCAACAGUCCCAUCAGGUAUUCUAUUGUCCACAGCACGUAUUUAAAGAGAUUGUUCAGCAUCAAUGCACACAAUGGAACAAUCAUUAUAACUAAGCUUCUGGACCGAGAGACAGCUGCUUGGCACAACAUAACUGUUACAGCCACAGAAAUGAGAAAUCCAGAACAAGUUUCUGAAGUAAUUGUGUAUGUUCAAGUUCUUGAUGUUAAUGACCAUGCUCCAGAAUUUCCAAAACACUAUGAGAUUUAUGUGUGUGAAAAUGCAAGAUCUGGACAGCUAAUCCAGACCAUCAGUGCAGUGGAUAAAGAUGAUUCAGUAGAAGGCCAUCAUUUUUACUUCACUCUGGCUCGGGAGGCCACAAACAACUCAAAUUUUACUGUCAGAGAUAAUCAAGAUAACACGGCUGGAAUUCUUACAGCAAAAAAUGGCUUCAGUCGACAAGAGCAGUUUGCUUUCUUCCUGCCAGUCUUAAUUGUGGACAAUGGAACCCCCUCACUUACCAGCACAAACACCCUAACUGUCAGCGUCUGUGAUUGUGAUACUGAAGCUAGUGCCCAGUCUUGUCGAUUUGGGGCUUUCAUGUUUUCCAUGGGUCUCAGCAUAGAAGCAUUAAUUGCAGUUUUGGCCUGCAUACUAGUAAUAUUAGUGUUUUUUUUGGCAAUGCUGGUUUUAAGGCAGAGGAGGAAGCAGUCCUUAUUUCCUGACAAGCCUGAAGAGUUCAGAGAGAACAUUGUCAGGUAUGAUGAUGAAGGAGGGGGAGAGGAGGACACAGAGGCUUUUGAUAUUUCAGCACUCAGGACUCGUACUGUCAUGAGAGAGCACAAGUCUAGAAGAAACAUCACAACAGAAAUCCAAAGCCUUUACAGACAAUCUCUGCAAGUUGGUCCUGACAGUGCUGUGUUCAGGGAAUUCAUUUUAGAAAAGCUUAAAGAAGCUAAUGCAGAUCCUACUGCUCUGCCAUACGAUUCCCUUCAGACAUAUGCAUUUGAGGGGACUGGCUCAUUGGCUGGAUCCCUCAGCUCUUUAGGAUCAAGCAUGUCAGAUGUGGAUGAGAAUUAAGAUUGCCUUACUGAGCAGGGGCUGGACUUUAAACAACUAGUAUUCAUGUAUGACCCCAAUAAGAGUGCAAGGGAUUAGCAGCCACUAGGGGCCGCAUUUUCAAAAGUACUCAGCAGCCAAAAUCAAGUCUGUAUUUGAAAAUGAGACCAAUUUAAGCAUCAAAAUAAGUGGCCAGGUUUCAAGAAGAGCAGUUCAAAAGGUGGUGGAUGCUGAAAACCUUUUGAAAAUUUGCCCGUAAGUGUCACUCUGAGAAGUGCUGAAUGCUCAGCCCUUUUGAAAGUCAACUCUUAUUCAGGUGCUUGAAUACAAGCUGCGCUCCUUUGAAAAUCUAGUUCCAAUGGUGGGUGCUUAAAACAGGUCCCACAAGUACAGGAUAAAACAAAACAAAAUAACUAUGGUUCCUGGAAAUAUUUGUCCUAGCUUAGGCUUUACAACUAUUUCCAAAGUUAAGGCUGACUUGGUUGGGGUUUUUUGUUCAUAUUAAUUAACCAAAGUUAAUGCUUGCAUAUUUGUAUUAUGUUUCAUAAUAUAAAUACUAUUGUGUAAAAAAUGUAGACACCAGACAUAUUUUUACAGGAUUGUCAAAAACACUUACAAAGUCUUCUAUUUAUUUUUUUAGGAUAAAACUAAAGCUAAUGCAGUUUUUAGCCAUGUAGAAAUAAAGGCCUGUUACAGUCAA